AUGAGCAGCGCGGUGGUCACCGCACACGCUAGGCGUCGUAGGUCCACGGGCGCCCGGAUUGACCCGUCUGGUGGUUUUCCUGCGCUGGGCGGAAUUAGCGUGCAGGUUUUUCAUCACCAGCGCCGAACCAUGCAGCUCAUCACCCGGCUGGACGAAUGUGGCCAGUUUUAUCUUCCCAGAUCUUGUAUGACCGUUACCCAGAAAAGCAUGCCGUGCAGUUCCCUUGGAACACUGAAACCUGAAUUAACGGCCAUAAGGAACGCCGCCGAUACUGCCCACAAGGCCAAGGAAAACCCGAAGGCCUAUUAUGCCUACGUCCAAUCAACCAAAAAGGAAAGACAAACCGUGGGCGUGCUGGAACUUGAGGAUGGCACUCUGGUCACGGAAGACCAGGAAAGAGCCGCAACCUUCGAAAAAUUCUUCAGCAACGUUUUCCGCACUACAACUGGAAGUGACCCCCAAAUACAUUUCAACAAUGUCCCUAGUUACGGCCUACAAAGUAUUCAAAUAACGGAGGAUGACGUUAGGCAUGAACUGGAAACUUUAAAUAUAUACAAAUCAGCGGGUCCCGACGACAUCCAUCCCGCGCUUCUAAAACCGUUAGCAGAGGUUCUAGCUGAGCCGGUUACCGCACUGUUCCAACAAUCUAUGGAAGAUGGUCGUUUGCCAAGCGAUUGGCGCACUGCUACGGUCAUCCCCAUAUUUAAACUAGAUGAUGGUGUCCCGGUGAAAGUUUGCUACCUGGACUUCAGCAAAGCUUUCGACUCCGUAAACCACCGAUACCUCUGGACCAAGUUACUAGCACUAGGGAUCAGAGGAAACCUCCUCAAGUGGAUAGAGGACUUUCUAAGAAACAGGACCUUCAUGGUGAGGGUGGGCGACAGUAUGUCACCUUCCUCUACUCCAACUAGCGGUGUACCGCAAGGGUCCGUCCUAGGACCGUUGCUAUUCCUUGUUUUCAUAAACGACUUGGUCAGGGACCUAACGAACCCCGUUUUCAUCUUCGCGGACGACGUGAAAAUAACGGGGAACGACUUAGGAAGAGAUAUAGAAACACUAAAGAAAUGGUCCCUAACAUGGGACCUCCCACUAAACGAGGCGAAGUGCACAACCCUAACACAGGAUGCCUCAGAUGAGAACACGGCGACGUUCCAAGUCGUAAGGACAAUGAGGGAUUUAGGGGUGACAAUGUCAUGUGACUUCAAACCCACAGCCCAGUGUAAAAAUGCGACCACGAGGGCGUACCGAGAGCUGUACAGGCUGAAAAACACAUUGACAUGCAGAAAUGCAGAGGUGUUUAUACCGCUGUAUAAAUCGAUAGUACGCCCCCACCUGGAAUACUGUGUCCAGGCUUGGGCACCAUAUCUAACAAAAGACAUCCAGCUAUUAGAAAGAGUGCAACGCACCGCUACGAGGAUGGUGACAGGUAUGAUUGGGCUAACGUAUGAAAAUCGUUUAAAAGCUCUAGACCUUUUCUCCCUGCAGCGAAGACGUAUGCGGGGUGAUCUAAUAGAGACGUUCAAAAUAACGCAUGGAUUUUCAGGUCUAGUGCUAGACGAUCUCUUCCACAAACUUCCAAAUACUGGAACAAGAGGCCAUAACCUACGACUCCAGAGAGAACAUUCCAGAUUGGAUGUGAGGAAAAAAUUCUUUUCAGUCAGAGUUAUACCAGUCUGGAACAAGUUGCCACAAUCCAUAAUAGACUGCAAGACAGUCGAAACUUUCAAAAUAGCCCUAGAUCGGGCUUGGGAAGGAUUAUUCCCUGAACUAUUAUGA